AUGGUCAUUGGUUUUGUUGGCAUAUGUGUCUGCUGUGGCAUUCCCAUGUGGCGCGUCACUUCGUACAUCGGUGCCAACAUCGUCACGGGCCAGAUGGUCUGGGACGGCUUGUGGAUGAACUGUGUGAUGCAGAGCACUGGACAGAUGCAAUGUAAAGUCCAAGACUCAAUCAUGCGACUGACCCAGGACUUGCAAGCGGCACGUGCGCUGACCGUCAUCGCAAUAGUGAUCGGCUUCAUUGGAAUGCUACUGACGUUUGUGGGAGGCCAGUGCAGCAGCUGUCUGAAGAAAGAGUCCUCCAUGGCCAAAGUGCUGAUCCUGGGAGGUAUCCUGUGUAUUGUAGCUGGUGUCAUCUGUCUUAUUCCAGUCUGCUGGUCCUCAGCCUACACCAUCUCUGAUUUCCAGAGCGUUCUCACAAUCGAGACCCAAAAGAGGGAGCUUGGGGCAUCCAUAUACAUUGGCUGGGGCGCCUCAGGGUUUCUUCUGUUUGGAGGAAUCAUUCUGUGUACUUCCUGCCCACCAAGUGAAGAUAUGUAUCCAAAAUACCCAGGCAUGUACCCCUACCAAGGACCUAUGUAUGGGCCUCCUGGAUCUUAUUUGCCUGCCAAAACAUAUGCACCGAGUGCUGUAUAUACUGGAGCCUAUGUUCCUAACAAACCAUAUCCACCCCCAACUUACUCACCUGUUCCAGGACAAUAUCUUUAGCUAAUGGACAAUAAUUUUAACUGACACUUUCUGAAAUAUUUUUGAAUGAAAUCUCUACUUAUUUCAGUGUUUGGUUAAAUAAAAUGUAUGUAUAAUAAAUGUAUGUAUGACUUGCUUGGAGUAUCUUAUUCUUUGCUAGCCUUUGAAUGAAGAUGGAUUGGAAAAUCUUGUUUGUCCUCUUUCUCCUCUCAUUCAAGUUCUACUGGUAGAGAUGAUGUAAUGCUAAUGAACUCUGUAUAUAUGUAUGUUUCAACAGAGUAGGUGACCUUUGCAAGUACUGUUGUGUUGUUCACUUUUGCAAAUCAUGCCUUUUCUGAUGUUUUUUUCAAAAGAAUGUGUAACUUUGCUUCUCCACUGGUGAAUAUUUUGACAAUAUGUAUAGCUUUGGAUCUUUACAUUGUCUUGUCAAUAAAUAUAUUUCUUGA